CUUACGGAGAGGAGCGGUUGUGGUGCGUAGGUCGACCGCGUAGCGUCUCCUAGAAUAAAUCUGUCCUAUCUUGGGGAAGAGAGAGAGAUGCCUGUUUGGAAACAAACUGGGAAAUGCGAAAAAAUGUUGGGGAGCAAUGGGAAAUAAGAGAGCUUGAGUUCCUUUUGACUUGCCAUUCUCAGCUUCCUCAUGCCUCCAUCUCCACUAGACGACAGGGUAGUAGUGGCACUCUCCAGGCCCGUCCGACCUCAGGAUCUCAACCUUUGCUUAGAUUCCAGCUAUCUGGAUUCUGCCUCUUCUGCCAGCGAGAGCCACGUGAGUCUCCUCAGCACAGCUGUUGUGUCCCUCAAGGCUGCGAAUCUGACGUAUAUGCCCUCAUCCAACGGCUCUGCUCGCUCCUUGAGUUGUGGAUGCAGCAGUGCCAGUUGCUGCACUGUGGCAACGUACGACAAAGACAAUCAGGCCCAGACUCAAGCCAGCACCAGCAGCACUUCUGCCAACGUAGGAACCUCGACCACGUGCCCUGCUAACCAAAUGGUCAACAACAAUGAGAACUCUGGCCCAUUGAGUCCCUCCAGCGGCGUGGGGAGCCCGGUCUCGGGCCCAACCAAGCAGUUGCCUAGUGUUAAAAUCAUCUAUCCCAAUGAACUGGCAAAGAAGAUGACCAAAUGCAGCAAGACCCACCAAGGGCCGGUCAUCAUCGAUUGCCGGCCCUUCAUGGAAUACAACAAGAGCCACAUCCAAGGAGCUGUCCACAUCAAUUGCUCUGACAAGAUCAGCCGGCGAAGGCUUCAGCAGGGCAAGAUUACCGUCUUGGACUUGAUCUCUUGCCGGGAAGGCAAGGACUCCUUCAAGAGGAUCUUUUCCAAAGAAAUAGUUGUUUAUGACGAGAAUACCAAUGAGCCAAGCAGAGUCAUACCUUCGCAGCCAUUGCACAUAGUGCUGGAGUCUCUCAAGCGAGAAGGCAAGGAGCCACUGGUUCUCAAAGGUGGACUCAGCAGUUUUAAACAGAACCACGAAAACCUCUGUGACAACUCCCUCCAACUCCAAGAGUGCCCUGAAGGCGGAGGAGGGGGCGGUGCUGCUGCCGCGGUGACCUGCACGCUACCUCAGUCCAUCCCGACCACCCCAGACAUUGAGAACGCCGAGCUCACGCCCAUCUUGCCCUUCUUGUUUCUUGGCAAUGAGCACGACGCUCAGGACUUGGAGAAGAUGCAGCGGCUGAACAUCGGCUACGUCAUCAACGUCACCACUCACCUCCCUCUCUACCAUUACGAGAAAGGCUUGCUCAACUACAAGCGGCUGCCGGCCACAGACAGCAACAAGCAGAAUCUCAGGCAGUACUUCGAAGAGGCUUUCGAAUUCAUUGAGGAAGCUCACCAGUGUGGAAAAGGCCUCCUCAUUCACUGCCAGGCCGGUGUGUCCCGCUCUGCCACCAUUGUCAUCGCUUACCUUAUGAAGCACACGCGAAUGACCAUGACUGAUGCCUAUAAGUUUGUCAAAGGCAAGCGACCAAUCAUUUCUCCUAAUCUUAAUUUUAUGGGGCAGCUAUUGGAGUUUGAGGAAGAUCUGAACAACGGGGUCACGCCGCGAAUUCUCACGCCAAAGCUGAUUGGGGUAGAGACUGUCGUGUGAUGGCAAAGAAGCACGUGACUAAAAAAAGAUGUUCGUAUUCUUCACUUGACAUGGACUUGGAAGGCUUGGAUUUCCCCCCCCCCUUUUUUUUCCUUUUUAGCUUUAUUGAGAAGGGUUUAUUAUAAGACAAAACUUUGGACAGGAACCUUUUUGAAGAAAAGGUUUUAAAAAUACAAGGACUUCACAAGCGUUGGGCAAGAUACCUUUGGAAGUCCCUUCUUGAAAAGUGGAUGAUGUGGGGAUGCUUUGAAGAAACCAGUUUUAAAAGUCUCCAUGCGUGUAAGAGAGAAACUGGACACUAUAUAUUUUUUUCUUCCCUUUUUGGUUAUUCAGCUACUUGUAGAGAUUAUGACUAAGUAGUCUGUGCAGGUUCAUAGACCGAAGACAGCUAUGUUUUUCCCCCAAAAUAAAAUACAACCAGCCAAAAUAAAAAAGCGAAAAGACAACUAAAAUCCACGGGCGGCCUUGAGUUUGCAAAGGCUUUGCUAAAGAAACCCUAAGCAAAAUGCUUGCUGUGGCAAAGAAGAUCAGAGCAGCUUAAAACUAUCUGCAAAUCCCUUCUCGCCCUCUUGACUAGAGAAAAUCUUUUUAUUUGCUGUGUUUCAUCUUCUGGUACUAUUUUUCUAUUUGGGGGUUGGGGGUAGGCUAACACCAAGGGACUUGACCAUUUUACGCCAUAUGCCUUUACUGGCUUCUUGUGCAAUAAUAGUUUUGAGUAAUGGAAAGAGUUCUUUAUUUUGAGUGUUCAAACCAGUUACAGCUGGCUGCCCAUUAAUAAUAUUAAUAAUAUUUUUAAAUAGCAUAAAGGUGGCUGGCUUGAUUUAGAAGAAGGUAUACAACAACAAAAAAAGCAAUUAUUUUUUUCCCUUUUUCCGAUUCUGGUUAUAGUGCCAUACACCUUGUUAAAUAUGUAUAUCAGAAUGUACAAAGAUCAAGAACAAGCAAAGUUUAUUUAAAAUAUUUUUUCGCACAAAAUACUGGUGUGUUUUUCUGUUCAUGUAAAAAGUUUGAUUAUAAAAAUGAAAACUGUUUUAGAAAUUGUGCGUGUGUCUCCUUUCCCUUAUUUCUUUCGUGAGCGCUCCUGUGUAGUUAGCUUUCCACUUGCAAGAAGCAGCAGGGCAUGGUAAGGUGGUGGGAAGGCAGAUUGUGGCACAAGGGGAAGUACUUGCCAUGCAGAUGUUCCAUGUGGCUCCUAUCUCAUCUAAAUUCAUGUAACUAUGGCCUUGGUCCAGUGAAACCAUGGUUUGUUGGACAAAGAAUGAGUAUGAUGCCCAUAUACUUCCUUCUCCCUUUCUUUCAGGGAUAGGGAACCUGUGGUCCUCCCAAUGUUGUUCAGAGUCCAACUCUCGUCAGCUUAGCCAAUGGUCAAGAGCGAUGGGCAGUGGAGCUGGCAACAUCUGGAGGACCACAGGUUCCCCAACCCUACCUUCUGUGGUUUCUUAAAGGACAGCUUCUCAGACUUAAUAAGAAAUGGCAGGGUGUUUUUUUUUUAAGUCCUAGAUGCACAACAGAAAGGGAAGAGGAUGCAUGUUAAUAUAACUCGUUUUCAGUCGGAUAAACCAUGGUUUAUUCAGACCAAGUUCAUCUUUUCUGAAAGGGCCUGGGCAACAAGUUGAUCUGCAUGUAGAAUUGGCAUACCCCAAGCAUAUCCACCUGGCCCAGACUUCAUAUGUGUGUCCAGAUGCUCAUAUGAGAUGGCAGCUACAGGGCACACUGGUGAAUGCUGCUUUUGUGGCUACCAUGCAGUCUUAAACAGGCCUUGAGUACUCUGUAGUACAGACGUCCAAUCCCAUUUUGGGUCAAUUUUAUAUUGCUCCCAUUCUCCUUUUUCACUGCAGGUUUAUUCUGCAAGCUGCCAACUCCAGCAUUUUCCAAAGAGCUGCUAUUUUUGUGAUGAGUAUAUGUGGAGCAAGGGUUGAUUAGCUAGCUAGGUAGGGAAAAUAUUGAUUAUUGUAGGCUACAUUCACCUAGGGUUUUUAGCUAGUGGUUUUUCACACAUCGCUAACACUUGCCAAGCACAUUCACUGAUCCCUAGUUGUCCGCAUACCUGAAGGGAGAAUUUCAAAGCAUAUAGUCCAUAUGCUUGAAUGUUGAAGGUAUGCUUUCUGGAUGAGACAUAGACAUAACUGGUGGUUGAAGACUUGCUUCCUCCUUCUCUUCUCCAGUUCCCCUCAGUAAUAUAUCACAGCUUCUAUAGCCUACAUAUAGUAGGGGUAUUUAAAAUGAGAGUCGUCAUAGCAUCCUCUUUUUUUGCUCUUCAAAAUAUGGCAACCCUAGGAGGUAUCCAUGCCUCCAUUUUAAGUAUUAAGAGAUGAAUCAGUAACAUGAGGGAUUUCCUCAGUAAUAUGGGAUUUCCUCUCAGUCAGCAGCCUGCUAACCAAUUACCGUUUUGCACCACUUGGAGCAUUUUGCACAUUAAAAAAAAAAAAACAUGAUUCAAUUGCAUCUGCUAGUAUUUAAAUUGGGGAAACAGCAAGAUAGUAGCAGAAUGGAGGCUCAGUAACAAUCCAUUCCAUGGAAAACACUGCAGAGCCUUGCUUUCCCCAUUUAUCCACUAGUUCGCUGACUAAUUUUAACACCCACAUGGAAAUGGCCUUUUGGUGUCCAGCUCCUUGUGCUUUUGAAUAGUUUUUUGCGUUUGAGCUAUAGCUGACUUCAUUUGCCCACCCAGCCUUAUUUUUUUUUUGCCAUGGUCACAUCAGUGUGAGAUGCGGCUUAUAAAGUGGGCAUUUAUCACUGAUCUCUCAUUUAGAUGUGCUAGUCUUUGCUCCCUUUGCCAGUCCAAAGCUUGGAUAUAAUCCAUGGUAAAGUUCUGCUGCUUGUGCCAUUAAAAUGAGUGCUUUUAUGCAGUUCCCAUUCAUUUCAAUGGAGCAUGCUGAAGAACUUCCCAGUGAAUUGUGCCUCCCAUUAGUAUGAAUUUGGAAUGAUUAGAGAGAUGUUCCAGUUAGAUGACCUUUGUGGGAUUUUUGUACUACAGUGAAGGCUCCCCACCCCACUGCUUCAGAUCAAAUUCUGUACAAGCAGAAUAAAGUGAAGUGAGGUGUGUCAAAAGAACACUGUGUAUAUUGACCCCAGAUGUGUAAAUUGCUGUGCACUUUUACUCAACAAUGUUGUUACUAUACAUAUAUUUUCUUGAAAUUUUAUGCCUUUAUUAAACUAUUUUUAUACAA